GCCAACGGGAGCGCACAGAAGGCACAGAGCGCUGCGGGACAUAAAUACAACAGCCACCUUUCAGCUCGAGACUCGUUGUGACUUUGCUACUGAAAAAAAAAACAAUCUACAAGUUGUGUUUGAUGCUUUGAUGAGCUGAAGGAUCCCCAAAGGGGCAAAGGGCGAGUGGGAUAAGCAGUGGAAACAUGUGGAGCUUUUUGACGCGCGCACGGCGAGUUUUGUGCCACUUGCUGCUGUGGCACGAGCGCGUUGGUUUUUUAAAAGCCUUCUCAGUUUGAGUAACUUUUGAAGACACUUAUUAUGAAGUCCUCUGAUAUGGCAUGUUUCCUGCGUUGUGUCCUCAUGCUCAGGAUUGCGACUCAUGGGAUGUAGUAAAUGGAGAGCUGCGUUCAACUUUGGACACCUGAAGGUGCAAUCCAAGCUGUCCGUCUUCUUUACCAUGAUCAUACUCUUCACUUACCUCUUUUACUGCCUCAACGGAUACUGUGACUCACUACCUAGGCCUGUUUAUGACCAACAAAGUAAUUUUCAAAAUAAAAUCAUCUUAAAUGACGGACAUGAGGCGUCAUCGCAGCAGCACGGCGCGUAUAACGCGUCUCAGGUCUCGUUUGUUCGGGAACAGUUGUCGGACUUGUCGAACAGUGACUCUUCAUCUAACAACAUCUCAAUAGCGAACAAUUACGGCAGCAAAAAGUUUCCUCAGGCCAUCAUCAUCGGGGUGAAGAAAGGUGGCACCCGGGCUCUGCUGGAGUUCCUGCGCAUCCAUCCGGACGUGAGAGCCGUCGGCUCUGAGCCGCACUUCUUUGACCGCUUCUACGAUAAGGGGCUGGAAUGGUACAGGAACCUGAUGCCUCGUACUCUGGAGGGACAGAUCACCAUGGAGAAGACCCCCAGUUACUUUAUCACCAAAGAAGCCCCUCGUCGUGUCUUCUCCAUGAGUCGCCACACCAAGCUCAUCGUGGUGGUGCGCGACCCCGUAACCCGGGCUGUUUCUGAUUACACCCAGACUCUGACCAAAUCUCCCGGGCUCCCAUCCUUCCAGAACCUGGCCUUCCGCAACACCACCACAGGCCUCAUCGACACGUCCUGGAGUGCCGUGCGCAUUGGCAUCUAUGCGAAGCACCUAGAGAACUGGCUACGCUUCUUCCCACUCUCGCGCCUCCUCUUUGUCAGCGGCGAACGCCUCGUGACGGACCCAGCAGGCGAAAUGGGUCGGGUCCAGGACUUCCUGGGACUCAAACGUGUGGUGACAGACAAGCACUUCUACUUCAACCAGACCAAAGGCUUCCCCUGUCUAAAGAAGCCUGAGGGGAGCAGCAGGCCGCGCUGCCUGGGGAAGUCAAAGGGCAGGCCCCAUCCCCAAAUCCCCUCUGAGGUCCUGCUUAGACUCAGAGACUUCUACAGACCCUUCAAUCUUAAGUUUUACCAAAUGACUGGCCAGAACUUUGGCUGGGACUGAACAGCUACUCACCAAAGCUCUCAGAAACUGUUGUGUAGUAGCAUUCUUUGUAAGCCAAACACCAAAACCAAACGUGGGGUAACUUGAAAGCAUUGUGUGUUACCAAAGCUUUUACUGUGUAAAAUAUGCCUCUCCUUCAUUUCCCAAGCUAUGAAAACUAUGAAAACUCCUGCCUUCUUCCAGAUUUACAACAGCCAUGCUAACACAGUUUGUGACAGCUUCAAUCCCCUGAGCCACUUUAGCAAGCAAUGAUAAACAAAAGCCUGGGAGAAGCGUUGGCUCUGGUUCACGCUGCUGCAGUGUGAUGAGCGCAAGCCACAUUGUAGCAUACUGCUUAUUUGCUUAAAAUUGGAACUUCUAGCGCUUGGCACCCCGAGUGCCAGGAGUAUGCUAAGCUUUCAUUGCUGUCUAAAACAGUUAACAGCAUAACGUUGAAACUGAAAAGAACUCCAGAAAGAUGCCAGCACUGCAAAGAGAUGUGCCUGAAGUUAAAUCAAAAGGCAAAUGAGAAACAAGCUUUGACAGCUGGGACGACGUGGGACAAAAAAAAAAAAAUGAAGCCGCGAGGAAAGAAGCGAAGGGUUUUAAGUUUAUGCACAAGUGGUACAAUCAAAAUAAAUGUAACACGUGCGUUGUUAAGAUAUACUGUACAUGAAUCAUUCAGGAUCACUUCAGCAUUGUUUAGUUCACCUUAAAUGAUGUGACGCGUUUAUACAGUGUUUACAGUUAUAGGAAGUUGUUUUUUUUUCAGUUCUUUCAAUGCAAACUUAUUUUUUGGACUGUGUUUUAAUUUUACAAAAUAUAAAGAUGUAGCAAACGCAGGAGGAUACCUGGUACGUGGUUCAAAAAGGUACCAGAGAUGUAAAACAUACAUAGAAAAUUUACUGUUAUUUAAGUCGCCAAUAUGAUGCUUGUAUAAAAUUUUCUUUACAGACAACGCCUCUAUCUGUGAUUGUUUUGUACUUCAUUUAAUCGACACUUACAUCCACAAAUGGUACUUACAUGCAACUGUAUAUUUCUAAAAAAAAAAAGGAAAAAAAAGCCUAAUUUAUAAGAUGACAAACUAUUGUUGAGAUGUUUUCUCUUGAAACUU